UCUCUCCAUUGUCAUUUGCAGGUUUAGAAUAUGGGUGUUGAGAAUUACCAUGUGAUAGAACUGGUCGGUGAAGGUUCUUUUGGGAAAGUAUACAAAGGAAGAAGGAAAUACACUGGGCAGACUGUAGCAAUGAAAUUCAUUCUUAAGCAUGGCAAAAGUGAGAAAGAUAUUCAGAAUCUAAGACAGGAAAUUGAGAUUCUAAGGAAGUUGAAACAUGAAAAUAUAAUUGAAAUGCUUGACUCCUUUGAAAGCCCACAAGAAUUUUGUGUUGUUACAGAAUUCGCACAAGGCGAACUCUUUGAGAUUCUUGAGGAUGACAAGUGCUUACCGGAAGAGCAAGUUCAAGCAAUUGCAAAGCAGUUGGUGGGGGCAUUGUAUUACUUACACUCCAAUCGCAUUAUCCAUCGGGAUAUGAAGCCACAGAAUAUACUCAUUGGUGCUGGAUCUGUUGUUAAGCUUUGUGACUUUGGAUUUGCACGAGCAAUGUCAACAAAUACUGUUGUCUUACGCUCUAUAAAAGGAACUCCAUUGUACAUGGCUCCAGAACUGGUCCGCGAACAGCCGUAUAACCACACUGCUGAUUUAUGGUCUCUUGGAGUUAUUCUGUAUGAACUGUUUGUUGGUCAGCCACCAUUUUAUACAAAUUCAGUAUAUGCACUCAUCCGUCAUAUCAUCAAGGAUCCAGUUAAAUAUCCUGACAGCAUGAGCCCAAACUUUAAAAGCUUUCUAAAAGGCUUGCUAAAUAAGGUACCACAAAAUAGGCUUACUUGGCCUGCACUUCUUGAGCAUCCAUUUGUUAAAGAAACCUCUGAUGAGAUUGAGGCAGGGGAACUUCGUGCCGCAACUAUUGCAGCGAGGGUUUGUGAUGCAGCUUGGAGGGGUGAAGGUGCACAUACUUCUGCAAAUGAGUCAACCACUGCUAGUCCCGAGUGUAAAAACCAAUCUUCUGCUGCUCUAGAGAAUAGCAGGCCUCGGAGUCCUCUCAGUGAUGGUCAAUUACAUUGUCCUAGCUCUCAUAUGGGCAAUUCUUCGCCACUCGUAGAGUCUUCUGGGAUAGGUCCCACUGAUGUUCAAUCAGGUUGCCUGAUAUUGGAUAGGUUGGAAAAUAACUCUCGUACAGUCAAAGGAGCAAACAAUAUUGGUCAAGAUGCCAAAGCACUUGUACAGGUCUUGCUGCCUUUGAAAACAUGGUCCAAAGGGUCACCAAGCUCUUGCAAGGAUCAGGACGCUAUUUGUAUCAAACAGUCGUUUAGAAUUCUUUCGAACUUAAUUGCAGCUGGUGCUCUUCAUUCUAGUGUGGUAGUUGAUGAAAUAAUAUCUGAACUUCUUGGAUUUACUGCUGUCAUCGUUGGCCUGAAAUCAUCUGAUAAUAAUGAAUUAAUAACAGAGGCUCUAUCAAUUUUGAAGAAGUUACUGAAUAAUACUGAAAUUGGCAUUGGGAAAUCAUAUUGCAGGCAUUGGGUUUCCUUAGUAGAGCUGUAUUCGCAGAUUAUGGGCUACAAUGAAGAUGCUUCUGGAAGAAUUUUGUAUGAGUCGACUGCAUGCAUAGCGGUCAUAUUAUCACGAGUCGCUGAGGGGCUCAGAACAUCAGAGAAAGUUUCUCUUCCUCCAGUGGUGGAUGAAGCCUUAAAACAGAUUCUACACCAUUCUAAAACAUUUGGUGUGUUAGACCUAUUGUUUCUGUGUUUAGCAGCUUCAGGCUCAAGUCUUAUGUCAGGUGCUACAAAUAUGCUGUGCUGUGCUUGUGAAGCUUGCAGGGCUAUCUGGGCAUUGAUAGAUGCACUGGAGAUUCUGUCCAUGAAAUGUCAUGCUUAUAUAUUCCCACUAAACACUUUGCGUAGUAAUUCAUUACAUCGACUUGACAUCAAGGAGAAUGAUCGAGGUUCACUUAAUGGGACAGAGUCAGUGAAAAUCACUGAUGCUGUGGUGAGAGCAUUUAUUAAAUCAAAAUCCAUGCAAGUUGCUAUUUAUUACUGUCUUCAUCAACGUGUGGAGCUUGCCUUGUCUCCUGCAAUUCAGCUCAUGUUGAGGUGCUGCGUUCAUAGUGGAUAUUUCUGUGGUAUGCUUUGUGGCCUACCAAAUUCUUUACCUGUCACUACUGUCAUAAGUGGUGGAGGGGAUGGUACAAUUGUUUCAGAGAUAUUCUCUGUACUGUCUUUAUGUGCCUCAUCUUCAAACAAAGAGAUACCGGGAGAAACAAGUAACCACAAAUGCAAACUAUCUAAUCCACAUACUGUGGUUCAGCAUUCAUGCCUUACCAUUGCCACUAUUGCACAAUAUCUGAAAUCAGCUGGAAGAAUGUCUGCAUCCUUCAUGCUUACAACUUCUCCAAAAAAGCAGCUUUCUCGGCUUUCAGUCCUUGCCCAUUUUAGUUCUGAUGAUAGGAUGACUACAUCCUUCCAGCCACAUAAUGCAUCAGCCAUGCUGGCUCUUGCAUCUGUUCUGUCCCUUGAAAGUGGAGGCCAUGUGGAGUCUUCCAUCUCUGAAACUGCAAUUCCUUUGAUCCCUCGGAUCACCACAAUUUAUGACAACCUGAAGAUCCCAUCACGUGACAAAAAUGAAGUGACCACCAACCAGAAUGGGAUGCUCUCAUGUUGGCAUGGCCUUAGGGAUGGAUGUGUUGGGUUGUUGGAAACAAGACUCAAGUGGGGUGGACCAUUGGCUGUUCAGCAGGCUUGUGCAAGUGGCAUUCCCCAACUUCUUAUGGAUUUGUUAGCUAAUGGGCUUCAAAAUUCUUCUUCUGAAGUAACAGAUGGAAUGGCAGAUCACAUUGGGCUAUCUCCUGUUGGUGUUGUAUGGACAGUUUCUUCAAUAUGUCAUUGCCUUUCUGGUGGAGCUUUACCUUUUCGUCAGAUCUUGGUCGGGAUUGAACAUGUGAAAAUCAUCACUGACUUGAUAUCUGAUGUACAUCUAAAAAUCUUAAAACGUUGGGUUGGACCUGGUGAUGGGAAGGAUAGUGUCAGAGAAUUAAUCAAUGCAGUAAUCGAUCUCUUAGCAUUUCCUUUUGUUGCAUUACAGAAUGUUCCCGGCUUGACAUCAGCCACUGCAUCUGUUAACAGUGGUUUUCUUCUCAACAUGGGUUCCCCAGGUGGAAAAAUGUCUUUUGAAGACAAAGACACAUUAAAAGCAAUUGAAACAUACAUGCCCAAGUAUAUUAAAAUCCUCUUGGAGGUUGGUAUCCCUGGAUUUAUUCUGAGGUGCAUGGAAUAUAUGGAGUUAAAAGAUGCAGGAAAGCCUGUAGCUUUUCUUGCGAAGAUGACAUGUCAUCGACCCCUUGCGGAUCAGCUUCUGAGCAAAGGUUUGUUGGAUCCAAGCAGAGUGAGAAAGCUUCUAGAUGGAUCAAGCCCAAGGGAGGUUUUGCUAGACAUUCUAAUGAUAGUUUCUGAUCUUGCCCGGAUGGAUGAGGUUUACUAUGAGCACAUUAACAGUGCAGAUUUGUUCGAAUUUUUGAAGAACUUCCUUAGCCAGGAAGAUCCCAAUGUUCGUGCAAAGGCAUGCAGUGCUAUAGGCAACAUGUGUCGACAUAGCCCCUAUUUCUACAAGUCAUUGGAAGAGUACCAGAUUAUUGGUCUCCUCAUUGAUCGAUGUGCCGACCCAGAUAAACGUACCCGGAAAUUUGCCUGUUUUGCUAUUGGUAAUGCUGCCUACUACAACGACUUCUUGUAUGAAGAGCUCAGAAGAUCCAUACCCCAACUUGCUAAUAUUUUGCUUUCGGUAGAGGAAGACAAGACCAAAGCGAAUGCCGCUGGUGCACUUAGUAAUCUUGUCCGCAAUUCUAAUAAGCUAUGUGAAGACAUUAUCUCUAAAGGAGCCAUGCAGGCUUUGCUAAAGCUGGUAGCUGAUUGCUCGGUUGUAGCUUUGAGCCCCAGUAGAAGGAAUGCAGUAAAUGAGUCACCAUUAAAGAUUGCUCUCUUCUCAUUAGCCAAAAUGUGCGCUCACCCACCUUGCAGACAAUUCCUCCGCUCAUCAGAGCUCUUCCCUGUUAUUGGACGUCUUCGCCAAUCCCCUGAAUCUACAAUUGCUAACUAUGCCUCCGUCAUUGUUAAAAAAGUUGCUGAAGCUUAAAGCAUAUCCACUGGUUUCAGUAAUGUCCUGAAGUUGGAUAUGCAGGGGUAUGUUAAUUCCAAUUUUUUGUCAGUAUGAGAGCAAAACAGAUUUUGGUAUGGUUCUGCAUUCUUCGGAUGUUAUGUAUAGGGAUGGGCUCAGUAGUUGAUGCUGGAGACCAAGAAAAAUAAUGCAGGUAUGAAUAGAGAUGCUGCUAGUUACAGCGAUUAGACAAUAUAUGGUCGCACAGGGAAGAAGUUAGCUACAUUUUGUACCUAUUAUAACUGUUCCAUAUGUAAUGUGUUCUAUUGAUAUCGUAUAUUGUAUAGUACACUGUGAAUGUAUCAAUCCAUGUUAGUGUACAAACGGUUGUAAGGUUACUGAAUAUCCAUUAGCUAAA